AUGGCUGCUUACAUGCUUGAUAGAUAUAUGAUAUUCACAAAUUCCUCCAACAAGGGUACUGUAGCCGGUGGCUUAGAAAGCAUAUCAGCAACAGAUCUUCUUGAUAAUGUAAUGCUGUAUUGGAUUACUGACAGUAUGACAACAUCUUUAAGACUAUAUAAGGAAAGCUUUGUAAAUUAUGAAACUGAACAGAUACUUGGGAGCUAG